GUCUGCUACUGGGAGGAGGCUACCAAUUUAGCCAUUCUUUCCCGGAGCCUCCGUAUUAUGACUUCCAUCGGGACCUUGCAGCUGCAAAGGAUUACAACGGCACUUACUCUACUUACGCCUUUACUAAUGAAGCAAUUGAUAUCAUAAACAACCAAGAUGAAGACACGCCUUUCUUCAUGUACCUGUCCUACCAAGCACCGCACGCUCCUCUUGAAGUACCCGAGCAAUACAAGGACCCAUACCAUAAUGGGGCAACUGUAAUGGAAGGUGGUAACAAUUGGCCAUUGCGUGGAUUCAAGUUGUCCAUGUUCGAGGGCGGUAUGCGAGCUAUCGGAUUCGUUCACAGCCCUCUCCUUUCUGACAAAGUCAAGGGAACUGUGAGCAAUGAACUGUAUCACGUAAGUGAUUGGUUCCCGACAUUCGUCGAAGGUAUCGCUGGAUGGAACACAGACGGAACUAAACCACUAGAUGGCUUCAACCAAUGGGAAUCUAUAAG